AUGGCGACCAACACAGAACCUCCCCUCCUCCUCUUCACUACCCUCCGCUACGACCCUCUCCUCUCCGAGGGUUCCAGUGACGGCUCGACCACCGGAUUGUACAUGCUCCCCUACCACCGCGACCGCAUCCUUUGCGCAGCCACUCACUUCCACUGGCCCGCCGUCAUCUCCCUCCUCUCCGGUGACAGCGGCCUCGAAACUCUCUCCUCAUUCAUCCUCUCCUCCCUCUCCGACGAGCAACGAUCUCACCCAAACCGCAUCCGUGUAACCGUCUCCGAGAAAGGAGAGCUAGGCAUCACCAUCUCACCCGUACCGCCCGUCUUUUCUCCGCUCAACUUAUUCCCACCUGAGCUUCCCCAAUCGAGCGCCGAUAUUUCACCGCAGUCCCUCAAGGGAGAGGCAGUGCCGUUCGAGGUCCUAGUGGAUACACAGAAGUCCAAGAAGUCGGCCUAUACACACUUCAAGACUACCAAGCGCCAAGUCUACGAUGAAGCGAGGAAGAGACAUGGGAUUGCGUUGACGGAUCGGAAGGAGGUGUUGCUUGUCAGUGAGCAAGGGGAGGUGAUGGAGGGCAGUAUUGCGACGCCGUACUUCUGGAGAGACGGGAGAUGGGUUACGCCGCCGGUUAGGGAGGAAGAGGAUGGUUGGGGGAGUGGCGGCAAUGAAGGCACCACGAGGAGGUGGGCUUUGGAGAGGGGAAUUGCGGUUGAGCUGGUUGUACUGGCAGGCUCGCUGGUGGAUGAUGAAGAGUGCUGGUUGAGCAAUGGUGGGAGAGGGUUCUACUUUGGAAAGGUCAAGCUAAGCCCUUGA